GGCGGCGAGCCCGGCAUGGCCAUGCUCCUACGCCGCCGCCUCCCGCUGCUUCGCAUCCUCCGGUAGCUGCACACUGAAUCGGCGGCUUCGGCUUCCUCAUCGUCCUCCGCACCUCUCCCUCCUCUCCAGAAGCCUCACGCUGCCGCCUCACCGUCCGUUGCGCCAGGGUCACGCCGCCUAGGGUUUCUCAAUGCCAGGCCCCUUGCUUCGGCGCGUGGGGCUUCGGCAUCGUCCUUCGCCGCCGCCUAUCUCGCUAUCGGCGCGGCCGCCGUUCUCGCGCCGCUUCCGAUAGUCUACGCCGACGGCAAUGAGCAGGGUCCAGUCGGCGCGGCUGUGAGUACUGAUCCCACCGAGGGGGAGGAUUUGGCCCGCAAGGAGAGAAAGAGGAUAAUAGAACUCGCCCAGAGCCGAGGGAUGCAGCGCGGGUCGUACCCGCAGUUUGAUGUUGCAGUGAAGGGCCAAAAGGUGGUUGUUAAAUUCGACAUGCCAUCUACUUGCAAUGUAUCACACCUCAUUGUUGAUCUUGUAACCCGCAUCGGACUUGAGGCAGAACAACAUGGUGGUGGCUUGGAGGUGCUAGUACGUGCUUGGGACAGUCCAGCUGCGCGAGAAAUCACAUUGAACCCUCCCAAGAAGAAUAGCACUGGAGAUCUCGAUGAAGAUGGUCUCUGUGUUUUAAUAUUCGAGCGACUUAUUGGAUCGGAUUAUUCUGAAAUUGAAUUCAUCAAGCGUGGGAGUUUUAGUUUGAAAGAACUUGAAGCUUUGAUCAGUGCUUUAAAAGUAGCUGGCGAGAAUUAUGGUGAAAGCGAGCGCCUGUUGGGAUCUGUUUUUUCACUUGCAAACGAUCUUCCUGAUGGAGUUAUUAUAUUCCUAGAUGAGGUGGACUCUUUUGCUAUUGCUCGAGACAGCGAGAUGCAUGAAGCUACACGAAGAAUCUUGUCAGUAAUUCUGCGACACAUUGAUGGAUUUGAGCAAGAUAGAAGGGUGGUAGUUAUUGCUGCAACAAAUAGAAAGGAGGAACUUGAUCCAGCUCUCAUCAGCCGUUUUGAUUCAAUCAUCUGUUUUGGCUUACCGGAUCAGCAAACUCGUAUGGAAAUAGCUGCCCAGUAUGCCAAGCACUUCACUAAAUCUGAAUUGGUCCAAUUUUCAUUGGCCACUGAAGAGAUGUCGGGAAGAGAUAUCAGGGAUGUUUGCCAACAAGCUGAAAGACACUGGGCGUCAAAGUUCGCUGGAGAAAUUUGGCUGGAGGAACGAAGGCAGCGUACACGCCUCGGAAGCGAGAUGUCGGGGUACCAAAAUGUCGUUGGGGGGAGGCUGAAGCUGAAGGGGAAAGCACUGGAUGUCAAGGAAGGCGGAGUCAAGAAAAAGAAGAAGAAGCAGCAGCACCGUGAGGAGUCGUCUCAGAUUGAGCAUGAUGAACUUCAUGAAGGUGGAAGCUCUGAAUUGCCAACCGAUCCUAACAGUGAGCUGACCGAAGCUGACAAGAUGGGAGAGGAGGAAGGGAACCCACACCCUGACUACGACCACCUCACACCAGCCGAGCGACGCUACAUGGAACAGAAGCAGAAGAUUGACAUGCAGAAGCUGGCCAAAGUUGCCAACAAAUCGCACAGGGACCGGAUCCAGGACUUUAACCAGUACUUGGCAAACCUUAGCGAGCAUUACGACAUCCCAAAAGUUGGUCCUGGCUAACAUGGCGAGAGUGCCGUGCUUCACAGAAACAGUUGUAUGCUUGGCCUAUUAAGCCUUCUGUUUCAUGUUAUGCGUUAUCAGUAUGUUGUAAAACAAAUCGAUUGCCAUUGUGUAAACUAUUUUAUUUCACAACCAUGUUCCAAACGUUGGCCAUAUUUUUUCUUUUGAAACAAGCAUUGGCCAAUUGAGUCCAUCCUGACAGUGGUUUAUUUACAUGCGACCUUGUUUGUUGUUUA